AUGAGAGGUCGAUCGAAAAGCCGUUUGCACACGGGGUUGGAAGAGAGCAAUGGGAGCCAGAAUCCGAGCGAAUUAUCUGCGGCGUUGAAUAACAGUCAAAAACUACCCAAGAGACAGCCGCUUCUGCGGACAACAUCCUUGUACACAGUCUCCGAGAGCACCCAUGAAGAGCCGGCGCUGCCGAGCUCCAACAUGAACCAUCACGCCUCGAAGCUCAUGGCAAACCGCCAGCGCAGCUCUGCUGCCAGCGUACUGUUCCACAACCUGAAAAACAAGCGUAAUUCGGGCGCAUUUUUGGUGCGAGACCAGCGAGCAGGCUCGCAUGCAGCCACCGAUGGUCGAGGCACCACGCCUGGCGGCGCUCCGCUCAACGUACACAUAUACGCGUCCCAGAACGACAGGGGAAGUCAAUCUAGCUCCGAGCACAACCCCAUAAGCCACUACCAGUUUGCGAGGAAUCUCGCGACAAGGCCCAAAAGCUCGAGCACAACGCACAUUCCUACCCUCGCAAGCAUCCGCCAGGCCGACGCCGCGCCUUCCAGCCUGUCCUUGAGCCUUGAACUGAGGUCUAAAAAACUAAACACGGGCCCCACAACAGGCGCGCCCGCCGGAGGCAGCGUUCAGGCCCGCAACCAGUCUCUCGUGGAGGGAGGGCCUGAACUUAUACACAAGAGCUCCCUUGCUGACGAUGUGCAGGAGCAGGACGAAGACGCUAAAGCGAGGUUUCUCGAGAACGAGAUCGAAACAGCCAUAAACGAAGAGCUUUUCCCGCACGAGUACGCCUUCGACAACAAGUUUGACGACAUCAUAGAGACCCCCAAGACUAGCGAAAUCAACGACGCCCCGAGCAUCGGAAGCUCCAAUCAGUCGCCUCUGACCAAAGUACCCGGGCGACGACUGUCAAAGGCGGAGUCCAUGGCUCUCGAGGCUUUCCAGAAAGACCUUUCCACCAGGUCCGCCUCGAAUUCCAGCACCGGGUCCCACACGUCGCGGCUGCAGAUGAAAAUGGAGGUGCUGAAAAAAAGGUUCGACAGCUUCGCAAGCGGGGAGGACCUUUCCGGCUGCUCAGACAGCAGCGCUUUUGCCUCCAAAAGCGACAGCAACUGGCCGGGGAACAAUAGGCUCCGUCUUUUCGCGGCUGCAGACGCACAGUCCCACUCGCCAGUGGUCGAUGAGGACGAAGACGGGCACGCGGCCCCUGCAUCCAAAUUCUGGUACCGGAACGAUCUACAUACCAAGCUUCUCGCGGAACGACUGAGCAACCAGCUGAAAACGAUAGAGCGUUUUCCGUCGUCCGGCGUUGUCGGCGAGAAAAUUAUUGUCUCAACGGUCAAGAACAUGUGCAAAGACCAGGACAUCAAAUCAAAGGUUCUCGAGCGCCAAAAACUGCUGCGUUCUGAGACCAGGCCCAUGCCCCGAGGCCCGCUACUAUGUUUAAACACCGCAGAGAAGGAUGUUGAAUUCGAGCGCUUGUUCAACAGCGCCAAGCAGAUUUCCCCCACAAGCCCGCAUGGCCCAAGCUUUGGUACCAAGACAGAGGCAGACCAGCUGCGCAGCAGGAUACGGCUGAGCAGAAGCGUAUUCGAAGACUUGUGGAGAGACUCAGAACGAGCUGAAGCACGUGCUCUAGUUGUCUCGGCCAACGAGUGA